AUGGCUAUGGAGAAUCCUUUGGUUGGUGAACUUUUUCCUAUCGGUAUGCAUGUUCUUGCUGUUGAUGAUAAUCGAGUUUGCUUGAAUAUGUUGGAGAAAAUGCUUCUCAAAUGCAACUAUAAAGUUACUACAACUACAGAAUCGGUGAAAGCAUUGGAAAUUUUGAGGGAAAAUAAAGAUAGGUUUGAUUUGGUUAUUUGCGACGUUAACAUGCCGGAGAUGGACGGAUUUAAGCUUCUUAAGAAAGUUGGACUCGAGAUGGAUCUACCUUUUAUCAUGUUGUCGGGGAAUGGUGAUACGAAAAGCGUGAUGAAAGGUGUGAUGAACGGUGCUAGUGAUUAUAUAUUGAAACCGAUUCGAAUGGAAGAGGUGAAGACAAUAUGGCAACAUGUAGUGAGAAAGAAGAUUGAUGGAAAAGAUCGUGACAAUAAUGCGGAGAAAAAGGUUUCUGAUACGAAUAACGAGGAUGAGAAAAUUGAUAAUGUUAUUAGGGUUUGUAGUCAAGAUACCGUGUCUGAUGAAAAUGACGCGGACAAGAAUCAAAUUGUAGGAGAAAAGAGAAAAAAUCGAAGUGAUUCAGAGGAAGAUAAUGAUACGGAUGGAUCUAUCGAGAAAAAGCCUCGUUUCGUUUGGGAUACUGAGUUGCAUAAGAAAUUUGUUGUCGCGGUGAAUCAACUAGGCCUUGACAAGGCUUAUCCUAAGAAAAUACUCGAGUUGAUGAAUGUUGAAGGGCUUACGCGGGAAAAUGUAGCUAGUCAUUUGCAGAAAUUCAGAUUGAAUCUUAAAAGAUCGGAUAAAUACCUGAUAAAUGAUGCUACAUUAGAUUCUACUAGUCCUUAUGGAAGAAGGUUCGAAAGCAGCGCAUUCGCAUUACCAUCGUAUGCAUCUAGUCAUUUAGUUUGUCGGCUAAACUCGCCAUCUGGAUUGAACGGUAGAAGGAUGAGUUAUUCGUCGGGGCCGUCGUUUCAGUCACAGAACAACAUUAACUGUUUCCAGAUGCCAGUGGCUUCUGCAAAUGAAAGGCCGUGUUAUUUACCGAACUUUCGAACAUCAAUUGGGGCGAAUCGGUAUCCGCAAAAUAAUUAUCUAACUGGUUAUACAAGUUCUUCUAGCUUUCAAGGCUGUAAAGUUGCAGUGAAUAAUGCAAAUAGCAGUUUCGUUUCUUGCAUCCCAAGAAAUCAUCCAUUAACAUAUAAUGCAAUUAGCAGUUCCGUUUCUUGCAUCCCAAGCAAUCAUCCAUUGACAAAUGCAAAUAGAAGUUCCCUUUCUUGCAUCGCAAGCAAUCAACCUUUGACACAUAAUUUAGAAGCAUUUAGAAACCACUCUUCGGUUGGAAUUGCAGAUGUGAAAACACAAUCUCUGAACGAUACUUUUGAUUCGGUCGGAGGUGCAGAUAUAAAAACGGAAUCACAAUCUAUGAACAAUCCUUUGGAUCCAAUUGCAUGUCAUAGUCAACUAAUCACUCAGAUGCCGGAAACUGAGAAAUUCUAUACAGAUCCAGAAACUUUGGAUUCAAAUGACGAUUGCUUCUAUAAUCAGAUGUUGUCUCUAAAAGAAGGAUUCUUCGAUAAUAGUCGCGUAUCCUUGGACGACAUAUAUUUCAUCUAA